ACCUCCCGGUUCCGGCGUGGUAGAGGCCCGAGGAGGUGAACGGUCUCCGGCACCAUGUCUGGUUUGUCUGGCCCACGAGCUCAGCGUGGCCCUUGCCCGUCAGCGCUGCUGCUGUUCCUCCUGCUCGGCCCCGGCUCGGUGCUCGCCAUCUCCUUUCAUCUCCCCGUGAACUCCCGCAAGUGCCUCCGCGAGGAGAUCCACAAGGACCUGCUGGUGACGGGCGCGUACGAGAUCACCGACCAGUCUGGGGGCGCUGGCGGCCUGCGCACCCACCUCAAGAUCACAGAUUCUGCUGGUCAUAUUCUGUACUCCAAAGAAGAUGCAACCAAGGGGAAAUUCGCCUUUACCACUGAAGAUUAUGACAUGUUUGAAGUGUGUUUUGAGAGCAAGGGAACAGGGCGGAUACCUGAUCAACUCGUGAUUCUAGACAUGAAGCAUGGAGUGGAGGCGAAAAACUACGAAGAGAUUGCCAAGGUUGAGAAGCUCAAACCUUUGGAGGUGGAGCUCCGGCGCCUAGAAGACCUUUCAGAAUCCAUCGUUAAUGAUUUUGCCUACAUGAAGAAGCGAGAGGAGGAGAUGCGAGAUACCAAUGAGUCCACAAAUACUCGGGUCCUAUACUUCAGCAUCUUUUCAAUGUUCUGCCUCAUCGGACUAGCCACCUGGCAGGUCUUCUACCUGCGUCGCUUCUUCAAGGCCAAGAAGUUGAUUGAGUAAUAAGGCCCAGUCUCCUCCCACCUGUAUCUCAGCCCGCUGAACAUCACUGGGACGUGCCUGGCCUAAGGCAUCCUACUAACAGCAUCAUCGAGGCACAUUGGAGCUUUCUUGCCAGAACUGGUCUCUUGUGGUGUGGGAGGACGUGGGUUACCACCUACAUCCAACAAGUCAAUGAGGGACUUCUUUUUAAUUUGGUAGGAUUUGGACUGGUUUUGCAACAAUAGGACUAUUAGAGUCACCGGUGACAAAAAAUUGGGGUUACCUAGCUAAUGCCAAAGCCAGCAUUUGUACUGGGUUUCCUCCUGUGCUGUGUUUGAACCAUAUUUUCUUUCCUUUUCUUCCUUGCUCACCAGUUUGAGCUUCCACUCUAGUUCCUUCACCGAGGUAUGUAUGACCAUGUUGAACUGGUUUCAUUCUGAUUAUCCUUUUUGGAUUUGUGUGAAAACACACUUAACUUUCUCUUGACCCUUAGCUGAAAUGUUUAGGUAGCUUCUGGUGAUAUCCUUUCAUAAUUUUAUGUCUCUUAAAAGGGUGAUCGAUGGGACACCUCAUAGAAAUGAGCUUUGAACUGUAGAUAACUCUUAAAGAAGACUUCAUUUUAGAAAAUUAAAAUAUUUGUGCUUAACUGCCUGAACCUUUUUCAUGUAUUUAUGUGUGUUCUAUGCAGUUUUAUCAGGUAGAGAUUUGUUUGAUCACCACCGCAAAAUGCAGAACAGUCCAAUUCUUCUAUCUCUUGUACUACGACCUUUUAUAACUACAGCCACCUCCCUUCCUUACCCCGGAGCCCCACCUUCUGGCAACCACUAAUCUGUUCUCUGUCUCUAAUUUGGUCACUUCAAGAACGUUUUAUAAAUGGAAUCAUCUAGUUUGUAACCUUUCAAGAUUGCCUUUUUGAACUCAUCAUAAUUCCCUUGAAACCCAUCUAAGUUGUUGCAUGUUAUCAGUAGCUUUUUAUUGCUCAGUAGUAUUCCAUGGCAUGGGUGUACCAGUUGGUUUAACCAUCCCCCCAUUGAAGGACACUGGGGUUGUUAUCAGGUUUUGGCCAUUUCUAAUAAAGCUGCUGUAAACUUCCAUG